UUUUUAAAUUAUUAUUCUGUUGUGUGGUACGGCAACGUUGUACGUAUUUUUAUGCUCAAUCGUGUUGCAUUUUGGAUUUCUAUUGUUUAAUUGUAUCUGUGCUCAAUCGGAUAGUAAAAAAGGUAAGCUGUGCUCAAUCGGAUUCCAACCCCGACAAAAGACCAAAAUAUCCCGAUUGAAACUGUGCAUUGCAAAUUUCACUUUAUUGCAUACAAAUAUGCAUGACAUAUUCAUACCAUACAUGAACAUGAUCGAAAAUAAAAAAUUUUGUUUUUCAACUUGUUACAUGUUCUUGUACAACUAAACGUAUGCAAUUAAAAUCCAAUUAAAUCGGUCAUAUCGAUAAUAUAAUAAUCGUUAGGUAUCGUUUGUUUAAAGGUGCGUUUACAUUAGAGCCCGAACACGAACGAACGCAAGUGAAUGCUACCAAACGAACUAAUGUAAACGGUGAGGCCGAACGCGAACGAACGCAUUCGUUCGCCCCAAGAGCGCAGUGGUCAAAAAAUUAAAAAAAAAGGAAAAAAUGUUGAAAAUGAUUAUUGGAAUUAACUAUUUUUAAAAGUUGAUUUGUAUUCUAUAUGAGAAUGAACAUUUAAUCUAAUAGCUAUUAGUUUAAUAGAACCACUUUUAGUGAAGAUAAUACAUCGCUUAAUGUUUGCGAUAACAAGAUAUAGUAUUUUUCGUAUAACUCACACUCACAAAACUCUAAGUACUCAUUUCUUCCCGACAUUUGUUCGAAGAUAUUUAAUAUUUAAUCGACAUAUUUGGUACCAGUGGAAAGCUUAUAAGAAUUUGUUGAAUGAAAUGGAGUCAAAAUUAACACACCGAGAUUUAUACUUCAAAAUAUUAGAUUUAAAAUCUAACAAAAAUUAUAAAGUUGAGGCCCUCUAUGAUUUUGUUCUAUGUAAAGUGGAUUAUGUGAAAGAGCAAUCUGAAAAUUAUCAAAGUGAUUUGAAAAAAAAAAUUGCAUAUUUUUAUGGACGAAUUUGAUAAACGAUGGCAGAAAUGCAAUAGAACGAAAAAUCGGUUUGACACAAUUUUUGAAACGUGGCUAAACAAAAAAUUUAUUUUUUCUGAAGUUUCAAAAAGUUUACCAAUGUCCCAUAUAGGACGACCAAAGGUGCUUUUCUCUAAAGCGUGUGACAAGACAAAAAGGCAUAAAACCCAGACAUUGCGUACGUCGAACUCAACAGAAGAACUUGUUUAUGCGGCACAGUUAAGUUUAAAAGAAACCGGAAAUGUCGAUGCUGCUAAAUUAUUAAAAGAAGCGACGUCUACUACUCAUACUCGUGCUUUGAACAUUCAAAGGGCGUAUACUGCAUUUCAAAAUGUUAAACCAGUUCAAAUGUAUUCUGAAGAAGAUGCAUUGGCAUUAAUUAUAGAUGCUAAACUCACCAAAUCACAGUACACAUUAAUACGAUUACAGGAAAAACAGAGAAAUGCAAAUAUAUAUCCUGCAUACAAUAAAAUACUCGAAGCGAAGUCCCAAUGUUAUCCCAAAAAAGACCAAGUAUUAAUUACAGAAAUAUCUGCGGAAGCAACUCUGCAAUCGUUAUUGAACCAUACUGUACAACGAAUAUUUCAGUCUAUUGAAAAUUUAUCAGCAUACGAAUUUAAAAAUAAUACAGUUGUUUUGCUUAGUAAGUGGGGAUUGGACGGGUCAUCAGGGCUGGCCCAAUAUAAACAAAAAUUUAAUGAUGUCCAGAGUGCGAGUGAUAGCAAUAUUUUUUUGACGUCUUUCGUUCCAAUUCAAAUUAUUAUGUAUUCAGUUGAAUCAAAAGAGGCAUUAAAAGAAUUAAUUUGGAAAAAUCCAAGAACAUCUUCAACCAAAUACUGCCGACCAAUUCAUAUACAAUUUCAAAAAGAAACGACCGAAUUGAUACAAAACGAAGUAUCAAAUAUAUCGAAUCAAAUUCAAAACUUGGUAUCUUCAAUAGUUAAUUUGGGAAAUGACGAUUUUGUAUCAGUAAAACAUGAGCUUGUGUUAACUAUGAUCGAUGGAAAAGUAUGUAAUGCUAUAUCAGAUAAUAAGUCGGCACAAAAAUGUUAUAUAUGUGGUGCAGGGCCAAAAGAUAUGAACAAUUUAAAUACGAUAAAACAACGUCCAAUUGAUCCAUCAACACUUUCAUUUGGUUUAUCAUCCUUGCAUGCUUGGAUAAGGUUUUUUGAAUGCCUCAUUCAUGUUGCGUAUCGAUUAGGUUUUAAAAAAUGGCAAGCACGGGGAGAUGACCAAGAAAUGUUAAAGAAAAAGAAAAAGGAAAUACAAACUAAGUUUAGACAAGAAUUGGGUCUGUUGAUUGAUCAACCUCGUCCUGGAGGAAGUGGCACGACUAAUGAUGGUAACACGGCCAGACGAUUUUUUUCUAAUCCAGACGUAUCAUCUUCUAUAACCGGUGUUGAUAAAAAUAUCAUAGUACGAUUCAAAGUUAUACUUGAAGUUAUAUCAUCAGGUGAAAAAAUUAAAGGAGUUGAAUUCAAUAAUUAUGCAUUUGAGACAGCUCAAUUAUUCAUUAGUAAAUAUCCAUGGUUUUAUCUACCAGCAUCCGUUCACAAAAUUUUGAUUCACGGAACACAAAUUGUUGAAAAUGCCAUAUUGCCAAUCGGUUUAUUAUCAGAAGAAGCACAGGAAGCUAGGAAUAAGGAUAUGAAGAGGUUUAGGGAAAAUAACACAAGAAAAAUAUCCAGAAAACAUACAAUGGAAGAUUUAUUUAAUAACUUGCUCAUUUCAUCAGAUCCACUUAUUUCGAGUAGAAGAAAAAUUAGCAAUAAAAAAUCAACCACAUUAUGCGAUGAAGCAAAACUGCUUGUGUGUAUUGUAGGAGAAAAAGAGGAUUUGUACAUUAAUGAGGAAAAUAGUGAAGACGAAUUUAUGGAGUACGAAUAAUUAAAUUGAAAACAACUAGCAUAUUGUGAA